GUCACAUCACGCACACGGGGUCGCGUGUUCUCCAAAUACAUGAUUCACGAAGCUUUGUUGUAUUUUACUCAUAAGUAACUUUGAUUGAGUGGGUUACUGAUUGUUACAAGUGGUCUGGUUUUGUUAACAAAAGUAACAAACAAAAUAGGAGAACUUUCCGAGUUCUACGGUACCUUUGUAAUUAGUCACGUGUAGAGCACGCAAGGCAAGAAAAAAAAAAAACAGCGAUGAAAAUCAUGAAGCGACCAAAUAUUCUACUGACAGGCACCCCUGGCGUAGGGAAGACCACCCUGGGGAAAGAGCUUGCCCAGAGGACAGGACUAACCUAUGUCAAUGUAGGCGACCUGGCACAAGAAGGGCAGCUGUUUGAUGGAUUUGAUGAAGAGUACCAGUGCCCAGUGUUGGAUGAGGACCGGGUGGUGGAUGAGCUGGAGGAUAAGAUGGGCGACGGAGGGGUGAUAGUGGACUACCAUGGCUGUGAUUUCUUCCCAGAGCGUUGGUUCCAGAUUGUUUUCGUGCUCCGCACAGACAACACCAACCUCUACAGUCGGCUGGAGGGCAGGGGCUACACAGGGAAGAAAUUGCAGGACAAUGUCCAGUGUGAGAUCUUCCAGACCAUCUACGAGGAGGCCAUGGAGGCCUACAAGGAGGAGAUUGUCCACCAGUUGCCCAGCAACGAGCCUGAGGACCUGGAGCGCAACCUGGAGCAGGUAGUCCAGUGGAUAGAGCAGUGGGUGAAGGACAACAACUAGCAUGGACACAAACCAUAGAAUCCAAAACAGUGCAUGGCUGGAAUCUUCUUCAUACUAGAAAAAAACAUACCAAUGGACUCUUUAUGUUUGUUGAAAAAAAUAAAAUAAAUCUAUAUGCCUUUUAACUUAUAGCAAUCACACACAUACUAGGAUAGUACUGAGGCUUUAAGUCCUGGUUUUGGUUCGAGCACAACAUGUAUCACACCUGAUUCUGAAUUGAUCAACCAAUCAUUGAGUUGUUGAAAUGGGUGUGAUAGUCUUGGACUGGAACAAAAAUAUGCCCCAGGUCUGAAAACGAAAUUCAUCUAGCAUAGUUGACAACAUUGAUGACAUAAAAUUGAUAAACAAUACACUCUCUAAUGUAGACAUGUUUACAGUCUAAGACAUGGACAAGCGUGGUUACCUCACUGAGUAGAGGCCCAGUGGAAUGAUAAUAAAUAUCUAUGUCUCAAAUGGCAGCCUGUUUGCUAUAUAGUGCACUAAUUUUGAUCAGGGCCUAGGACACUGGUCGACGGUAGUGCACUAUAUGUGGUAGCUGGUGUCAGUUGAGAUGCACCCGUUGGCUGUGUUUAUUCCCUGCUUGGACUGUAUGGUUAACCACACCUUCAUUUAGGAUGAAAGCUAGGGCAGUAAGCAUGUUUGGAUACUGACUUGUGUUGCAAGAGCUGUUCAUGGACAAGCUCAUGAAACACCAUGUCAUCACAAGAUUUGGGCAGUAUUCAAGUCCAAAUGCAUGCGUCACUAUAUCUCUACUCUCCUAAGGGAAAUGUUUUGUCAUUUUAGGAUGGGCAAAAUUGAAUGUGUAAUAGUUAGUUAGAUGCAUGCUGCAUUUUCUUGUGGCAUAGAUUGAUUUAAAACCGAUUACAAUUUAUUUUGCAUUUAUUGCAUUGCAAUGGUUUAUCCACAUUACAAAAAAACAUGCCUUUUGGUUAAAUGUGUUUUUUGUUUUACAUUUAUUUUUUUUAUUUUUGAAUUGUAUUAUCUUUCAAAUUCAUAAUUUCUUGUGGACAUUGGUAGCCAUAAACCUAGUCAUGUCAUUCAGAUUUCAACAACUCAGGCCAUAAUGCAGGAAGUGUGUUUUUGCCAGAAGUUUAUUUUUUUCUUUUGUUUUUCAUUUUAGGUUUCAUAUUUUCAUUUUAUUUAAGAAAAAAUGCAUGAAACAUUUAAUUUUGUUCUCAUACCGCUAGUAUUUCCAUGAAAUACUCACAGGUUUUAACAGUAGACAGUGGUUGUUUUUGUAUGGCUAAAGCUUUAUACUGUACAAGGAAGGAAUGAUGGUGGAACAACAUAAUAAAGAAUACAAAAUGCA